UGUCUUGUCUCCGGGAUAUCGGGGCAGCGCUGCCAGGCUGGGAAAGAUGGCUAUUUGUUUUUCUUGGGUGAAGAAAAUCUCUUUAUGUUCUGCGUCUUUAUCCUGCAUUCACUAUAUCCGGUCUCCCCGGAUCCUGCAUUCACUAUAUCCGGUCUCCCCGAACCCUGCAUUCACUAUAUCUGGUCUCCCCGGACCCUGCAUUCACUAUAUCUGGUCUCCUCGGACCCUGCAUUCACUAUAUCUGGUCUCCCCAGAUCCUGCAUUCACUAUAUCUGGUCUCCCCGGAUCCUGCAUGCACUAUAUCCGGUCUCCUCGGACCCUGCAUUCACUAUAUCCAGUCUCCUCGGAUCCUGCAUUCACUAUAUCCGGUCUCCCAGGACCCUGCAUUCACUAUAUCUGGUCUCCCCGAACCCUGCAUUCACUAUAUCUGGUCUCCCCGGACCCUGCAUCCACUAUAUCUGGUCUCCUCGGACCCUGCAUUCACUAUAUCUGGUCUCCCCAGAUCCUGCAUUCACUAUAUCUGGUCUCCCCGGAUCCUGCAUGCACUAUAUCCAGUCUCCCCGGACCCUGCAUUCACUAUAUCCGGUCUCCUCGGACCCUGCAUUCACUAUAUCCAGUCUCCUCGGAUCCUGCA